CGGGCUUCACCUCAAUAAUAAUACCAGCCACCGGGAAAUGGAACAAGCAACUGACAGUUAAUUUACAAUAUACCUAGGUAUCCUCAGAGGCAGGUCAGGUCGGCGCAGCCUGCCAUCAAUGAAGAAUAGGCCAGUGCCAGUGAGGAUAAGGAGAGGAGAGUGGAGUGGAGGGUUCACUUCACCUGGAGGACAUUUAUAUCUUCACUUUCAUCCGGAUCAGGCAGUAGUCAAUCGAAGACCGCACCUAGACCGUGGAUGGGGGAUGGGGAUGGGGAUGGGGAUGGGGAUGGGGUGGGGAUCCUGAAAGCAGACGGGACCUGAGCACCUGAGCACCCUCGCCUCAGAGCCCGAGCCCGAGCCCGGUUGCAUCGGAGACUCCACAUCCCGAUCGGAACUUACCCCGAUCGACUUAUGAUCUGCUGGCCUAGCCGUAUCCGGCCGCGCUAUUGGACAGCGACAAAGCUUAGUCAGGCAUUGGCGAAUCAGGACGUCCCCGCCAAAUUCUCCUUUCCCCUCUCGUCCAUCCAGCAAACAUCCCAUCAAGCAUCAACACCACAAGUGCAACUCAGUGCAGCUCAGCUCAGCUCAGCUCAGCUCUGUGGGAGCUAACCAGCCAGCCAGCCAGCCAGUCCAGCAGACCAACGCUGGCAACGCUGGCAACGCAGGCAACGCAACGGUAGGUCAACGAUGACUCGGGGGCGUGGCGCACAAGUUCCGUAGCCAUGUCAAUGUCAUACAGACCAUGAAUUCGAAGUACUGUACUGUAUGAAUCAAGCUUGUUCCGGCCGGUCAACCCACCUCAUCGUUGUCGUCGUUGUCUCAUUCUCGUCAUUUGUACUGCAUCUACUCUGUCCUGCGCACUUGCAGUGCAACUUCUCGUCUCCCAAGAUCUCCUUUUCCAUCCCGCGUCAGAUCUGCAGUCCCAGUCCCAGUCCCAGUAGCUUUCAUCUAAUCACCCAGCGAUCCCCUCGCCGUCCUAUCACCGCGAUAUCCUCCCCCUCACGUCACGCAUGCGCUGAAACUGCCCGAUGCUGCUUGAGCUUUGGUGACGGCUGGUCUGAACCUUCUCCUCGGGCCUUUCUACAAGAUGGCUUUCAUCUUCACAAUGCGCUCGACGCCAGUCGGCAGCAUGCAUCGACGAGAACCUCAAUCAACGGGCUCAUUGCCCGCCAUCUCGGAAGACGGUGUAUCCUUCCUCGAACCUCGACAUGCUCCUCCUGUCCCUCCGCGAGCCUGGAAUCGUCCGGCGCACAAGAAUUUCGCUCUGGGAGCUCCGCCAGCCUUGAAUUACGAUGGUAGCCCUCCGCCGUACACCCAUUUUGAUACGAUUAAGGAGGUGCAAGGUCCGAAGGGAGAGAAAUUGUCGGACCUGAGGAGGGGAUUGGGGAAUAAUAAGCAUAUUGCGAAGAGAGGCGGAUGGAAGAGGCUGGCCAUAAUUGCUGUAGUCAUCAUAUUGUGUAUAGUUGGGUUGGUGGUAGGUUUAGUUGUAGGUUUACGAAACAGGCACAAAGGAUCUUCAGCGGAAAGUAAUGGCAGCACCAGUCCAACGGGGGGCGCGUCAGGGAUUGUGAAUCCUCCGACCGAUCCAGCACCCAAUGCCACAUUUCCAGCUGGCUCCUAUAGAUUUGAUACUUACCUCAACACGAUCUCUACAAAUUGCACCUCCAAUCCAGCUACUUGGAGGUGUUACCCAUUCUUCACCUACGCAUCUAGUCCUACUCAAUCCACGGCCACCUUCGAUUGGAUCAUAACUCCCUCAAAAGGAAGCAACAACUACACGAUAUCCUCAACCGAAAACUAUUUCUCAAUUGUGUUCAACAACGCUUCUCUCUCGCUCAUGAAUGCCGGAGCUGAUGACGAGCACUAUUUCUUUCAAACAAUUAUGGACAAGCCGACCAAACCGGUUGCUCAAUUAGGCAGCGAGAAUGUGGCGAGCACAUGCUCUUUCAACUCUACCACAUUCCAGGGCUAUCUGUACACCAAGAUGCCGAAGACAUUUAGCACCAACGAUACCAACGCGUCAACAGACGCAAACGCGGCGUUCGCUUUGUGGCCUUAUGCUGUCAAAGUGGAGCAAGUCGCUUCAGCCGGGCCUAGCACACCAACGUGUCUUGGUCCAUCUGGAGAAUCUUUAGGUGAUUUCAGCGUUACUGAUGGAACGCAACUAUGCGAUUGCUUGUAUAUGAACACUGGAACAUGAUUUGUGCUAUUUGGGUUCGGUGUUGGGGUUGAAUUCUGGCGUAUGACUUUUCGAUAGUGGGAAAUUUAUGAUACCAUAAUUUGGGAGUUACUGAGCAUACGACUACUAGUUCGUUUAUUUACUGUACAUAUAUUAUAUUCUGACAUUAUAUAGUCUAAUACAAGCUAAUUUUGAACAUCUACCUCUUUGCAUCGUAUCCGUACUUAUCUCCAGUCGAAGAAUCGAGUGCUUUGGCAAGCAUUUUUGGAAGUAUUGGCCGG